GAACGCAUUCAAACACCAUGGGAAAAAUUCAAAUUACUGUUUGACAUGUUAUCCAACUGAAGGUGUGGAGAUGGUGAAUGAGCGCUGGAUAUACAUGGAGAUGGUGAGUCUUCUGGACCAACAUGAAGAGGGCAUUUACUCUGACUGGUGCAGUGAUUUGGAACAGGCCUGCCUGAUAAACCUGAACCAGCCUCUCAUCUGUAGAAAUCACUCAACUGGCCUGAUCUCAGUAAAUUUCAAUCCAAAGCUGGCUGAAGUUUUGAAGGAUAUGAAGUAUAUUUACACUCUCAGUAAGCUCAGCAUCCCUGCUGCUGCAUUAACUGUUUUUGAGAAGCGUUACAUGUUCACCAAGUAUACGAGCAGUUUGCAGCUUUUAGUGGAGUGGUACAACAAGUUAAAGCUGACUGUGUUGGAGGUGGAACUUCCAUUAAUCAAAGCAGAGCUGGGGUCCAUAGACCUGCAGCUGGAAAAAGCAGAAACAAGCCUGACAUGGGAAGAUCAAGACUGCUGGAACUUUAUCAAAACCACCAAGCAUCUUGUUCAAGACCUUACGUGUCGUGUCGGUAAAGCCAAGGAAAACUUUGAAAUCAUCCAAUCAGUGAUGAAGGGGUGGAGCAAACAUGCCAUGUUCUCCAGGAAGGACAACAAGAAAGGGUCACUCAUACAACUAGACGACAGGACAGACAGCACCAGCAAGAAGUACAGCUCCAUGAUGAAGGAUGCAGACUACGUACAUCAGUUGGUACAGGAAAAUAUGCUCCUUUUCCAUGCUGAUCCUGCCUCAGAAGGAUGGAAAUCUUACCUGGAAUUCAUAGAUGAGGUGGUGGUGGAGGGACUCUUUGGCCACAUCAGCCACUCGCUUCAGUUCUUCGUGGAAAACAUGGAGUCAUGGCUGAACCAGGCUCCUCUCUUUGAGGCUCAAUUGAUGCUGGAUGGCUCAGGGAUCACCUUCUUUCCCUCAAUGGAACGGGAUGCAGGAGAUGGCCUCUAUGAACUGGUAGAGGGACUGGUUGGAGAUGUAUUCAAGACUUCAGUGAAUAUCAGGAGAGUGGCUUACCAUCUUGGCAUGGAGAGUUAUCAGGAUGUCAUGGAUGGCAUGGUAGAUUUAUUAAACAUGAGACGAGAAAUAAUGGACCGAGUAGACAAUGUCCUGAAGAAAGCUGCAAAGUACCAGAAAAAGUUUGAUAUCUAUGCCCAUCUUUGGCAAGAUGACAGGGCUGAGUUUCUCAGCCAUUUUCUCAGAUAUGGACGCGUACUCACAACAGAGGAGAUUGAGACAGAUAUGGUUCCUGGGAACUCCCCUACAAUCUAUAACUUCAAAGAGCAGAUUGAUUAUUAUGAGGAUCUGUUUAGUGAAGUUUCCCAGCUGGAAGACUUCAGAGUGUUUGAUGGAUGGCUUCGGGUGGCUAUCAAGCUCUUUAAAGCCAGCCUUCUCAACACAAUUAAAAAGUGGAGCUGGCUUUUUAAAGAGCACCUUCUGACAUAUGUGACGAACAGUAUUGAUGAGCUACAGAAAUUUAUCCAAGCCACUGUUGAGGGGCUAAACCAUCCCAUUGGUAAAGGUGACCACAAGGGGUUUUUGGAGGUUAUGAGUCACCUGUUGGCUGUCAGAGACAGACAAAGUGCCACUGACAAGAUGUUUGAGCCUCUUAGAGACACAAUAACUCUUCUAGAACGCUAUGGUGUAAAUAUACCGGACCAGUUCUACCUUCAGAUGGAGGAGCUUCCUGAGAAAUGGAGUGAGACUAAAAAACUGGCCGUAAAAGUGAGGCAUGAGGUGGCACCAAUGCAGGGUGUAGAAGUGAUGGUUUUACGGAGACGGUGUAUGGACUUUGAGGUAAAACAAAACAAAUUCAGGGCUAUUUUCAAAGUAACAGCACCCUUCUCUUACAAUGCAGUGAACCCCUACGCUUGUCUGGAAAAGUCUGAAAAAGCAAUCCGGGAUAUGGAGAGAGAAGUAGCAGAGCUUCAGCAGACUACAGAUCUGUUUGAUAUAACUAUCCCUGACUACAGAGAGAUCAAGCUCUGCAGACGAGAGAUCACUGUCCUUAAAGAACUGUGGGAUAUUGUGAUAUCUGUGCAUAGCAGUGUAGAAAACUGGACAAUGACCAAAUGGAGGCAGAUAAACGUAGAGCAGAUGGAUCUAGAAUUGAGGAGGUUUGCCAAGGUGAGGUCACCCACAGACAUACGGAAGCUUGACAAAGACGCUCGCAUGUGGGAUGUGUAUACUGGCCUGGACCUUUAUGUAAAGAACUUGCUAACGUCACUGCGGGCCGUGAGUCAACUACAGAACCUGGCAAUACGAGACCACCACUGGGUGCAGCUAAUUAAAACAACACAGAUGGACUUCACUGUGACAGACAGUACCACCUUGGGAGAGCUUUUGGCUUUGCAACUUCAUUUGUUUGAAGAUGAAGUUCACAACAUAGUGGAUAAAGCAGUCAAAGAAAUGGCUAUUGAGAAGGUUGUAACAGAAAUAAGUAAAACAUGGGCAUCAGUGGAGCUUUCGUAUGAAGAACAUUUCCAAAUCUCUGUGCCAUUACUAAAGUGUGAUGAGGAGCUUACUGAAAUGCUAGCAGAUCAUCAGGUUCAACUACAGAUGGUCUGUCAGAGCAAGCAUGUAGACCACUUCCUGUUCCAGGCAGUGGAACUACAAAACCAGCUCACUGUGGCUGACACUGUGCUGAUGGUCUGGAUGGAAGUGCAAAGAACAUGGGUCUACCUUGAAAGUAUCUUCAAAGGCUGUGAUGACAUUUGCCAGCAGCUGCCUGCAGAUACACACAGAUUCCAAGCUAUAGAUGCUGAAUUCCAGGAACUGAUGUUGGACAGUGCUAAGACUAAAAAUGUCAUUGAGGCCACCAACAAACCACAUCUAUUUGAGAAGUUAGAGGAUUUGCAAAAAAGGUUAGCUUUAUGUGAAAAAGCUCUUGCUGAAUACCUGGAAACAAAGAGAAUUGCCUUUCCACGAUUCUACUUUAUUUCUUCUACAGACUUGUUGGACAUCCUCUCAAAAGGGAGUCGUCCCAGAGAGGUAACUGUCCAUCUUUCAAAACUUUUUGAAAACAUGUCAGAUCUUGAGUUUGCUGAAAAUGACAUGUUGAAUAAUCCUAAACGUGCUGUGGGGAUGUACAGCAAAGAGAGGGAGCAUGUGCCAUUCCAAACUGAAUGCUGCUGUUAUGGGCCGGUGGAGGCCUGGCUUGCUUGCCUUGAAGAGUCCAUGAGGAAGUGUGUCAGGGGUCACUUGUUUGAAGCUGUGUCUGUGUAUGAGGAUAAACCCAGAGAACAGUGGAUUCUUGAAUUUCCUGCCCAAAUUGCUCUCACUGGAUCACAAAUCUGGUGGAGUAAUGAUAUGGAGCUUGUGUUUAGAAGACUAGAGGAAGGAUUUGACUCAGCACUAAAAGACUACAACAAGAAGCAGAUUUCUCAACUCAACUUGUUGAUUGGCAUGCUGCUGGGAGAGCUCAGCCCAGGCGACAGACAGAAGAUCAUGACUAUCUGCACUAUUGAUGUCCAUGCUCGAGACAUUGUUGCUGGUCUCAUUGCUCAAAAGGUCGCCACCUCACAGGCGUUCCAGUGGCUUUCCCAGCUUCGGCAUUGCUGGAGUGAGCAGCUUCACAACUGCUAUGUCAAUAUAUGUGAUGCUCAGUUCCUUUACUCAUACGAGUAUCUUGGAAAUACUCCACGUCUGGUUAUUACUCCCCUCACGGACAGGUGCUACAUCACCUUGACUCAGUCACUUCACUUGACCAUGAGUGGAGCCCCAGCAGGUCCUGCUGGAACUGGGAAAACAGAGACUACAAAGGAUCUCAGCAGAGCCAUGGGUGUCAUGGUGUACAUCUUCAAUUGCUCUGAACAGAUGGACUAUAAGUCAAUUGGAAAUAUCUACAAGGGUCUUGCUCAGACUGGAGCUUGGGGCUGCUUUGAUGAAUUCAAUCGUAUUCCUGUAGAUGUUCUGUCAGUUGUAGCAGUGCAAGUCAAAACUAUUCAGGAUGCCAUUCGCACUAAAAAGAAAAGAUUUCUGUUUCUAGAUCAAGAAAUUGUCUUAAAAAACUCUGUAGGUAUUUUCAUCACUAUGAACCCUGGCUAUGCAGGCAGGGCUGAGCUACCUGAGAACCUCAAAGCUCUUUUCAGGCCCUGCGCUAUGGUGGUUCCUGACACUGAGCUUAUUUGUGAGAUAAUGCUGGUGGCAGAAGGCUUUUGUGGUGCUAAGCCUUUAGCCAGGAAGUUUACUACGUUGUACAGUCUCUGCAAAGAACUGCUCUCCAAACAGGAUCAUUAUGAUUGGGGUUUACGGGCUGUUAAGUCUGUUUUGGUUUUGUCUGGAACUCUGAGAAGAAGAGACAAGAUGGGACCAGAGGAUCAGGUGCUGAUGCGUGCAUUGCGGGAUUUCAACAUGCCAAAAAUUGUGACUGAGGAUGUAAGCAUCUUUUUGGGACUGCUUGGGGACUUGUUCCCAGGCCUGGAGGUGGAGAGAAAGAGAGACAAUGAAUUUGAGAAAGCUGUCAGAGACGCCACACUAGAACUCCGACUGCAGCCUGAGGAGACAUUUAUACUCAAGGUGGUGCAGCUGGAGGAGCUCAUGGCAGUCCGUCAUGCUGUCUUUGUUGUUGGAAAUGCAGGGACUGGGAAAAGCCAGAUAUUGAGAGUCCUCCAUAAGACCUAUGGAAAUUUGAGGAAGAAACCAGUCUGGAAUGAUCUUAAUCCAAAGGCAGUAGACAGAGAUGAACUAUUUGGUUUCAUCCAUCCUGCAACACGGGAGUGGAAAGAUGGUAAACAGACCUGGACUUUUGUGCAAGGUUUGUUUUCAUCACUGAUGCGAGAGCAGGCAAACAUCUCCCACCUUGGGCCUAAGUGGAUUGUGUUGGAUGGAGACAUUGAUCCAAUGUGGAUUGAAUCACUCAACACAGUGAUGGAUGAUAACAAGGUUCUGACUCUUGCCAGUAAUGAGCGUGUGCCACUUACAUUAUCCAUGAGACUGGUGUUUGAAAUCAGUCACCUAAGGAUGGCCACUCCUGCCACUGUAUCCAGAGCAGGGAUCCUCUAUGUCAACCAACAGGACCUGGGCUGGAACCCGUAUGUUGCCAGUUGGAUUGACCAACGAGAACGACAGACAGAAAGAGCUCACCUCACCAUACUGUUUGAAAGAUAUGUUCCACGUUGUCUAGAACAGAUGAAAAAUGCUUUCAAGACUAUUACGCCCAUCCCAGAGAUCUCUAUGGUGCAGACACUCUGCACUUUGCUUGACUGCCUUCUAACACCAGAAAAUAUUCCAUCUGAAUCCCCUCCCGAGAUCUACGAAAUCUAUUUCACCUUUUCCUGCAUCUGGGCUUUUGGGGGAGCACUCUGUCAAGAUCAGCUCCACGAUUAUCGGGUUGAGUUCAGUCAGUGGUGGACCAAAGAAAUGAAGACUGUGAAGCUGCCAGCACAAGGGACAGUAUUUGACUACUACCUUGACCAUCAAACCAGGCGCUUCCUGCCAUGGAGUGAUAUUGUGCCACAGUUUGAAAUGGAAAUGUGCACACCACUACAGGCUGUUCUGGUACACACAGCAGAGACUGUGCGUCUGUGCUACCUCAUGGACUUGUUGCUGGAGAGGAGGCAGCCGGUGAUGUUUGUGGGGAAUGCUGGAGUGGGGAAGACUGCACUUGUAAAAAACAAGUUAGACUCUCUGCCAAAGAGUUACAUGACCUCAAAAGUACCCUUCAACUACUACACUACCUCACUCAUGUUGCAGGAAAUCCUGGAGCGACCUUUAGAAAAAAAAGCAGGGAGAAGCUACACUCCUGCAGGCAACAAGAGGUUGGUCUACUUUAUAGAUGACAUGAACAUACCAGCUGUUGACAGCUAUGGAACAGUGCAGCCUCAUACCCUUAUACGGCAGCAUCUGGACUAUGGACACUGGUAUGGCAGACAAAAACUGACCUUAAAAGAAAUACAAAAUACCCAGUAUGUUGCCUGUAUGAAUCCAACAGCUGGGAGCUUCAUUAUUAACCCCAGGUUACAGAGACAUUUCUCGGUGUUUGCAGUGAACUUUCCUUCAUCUGAAUCUCAGAUGUCAAUAUACAGUCAGAUCGUGUGUACUCAUCUGAAGCUACAACACUUCAAUCCACUGGUUCAAAGGAGCGCUGGAGCUGUGGUCCAAGCUGCCAUAACUUUUCAUCACAAGAUGGUUCACAAUUUUCUACCCACAGCCAUCAAGUUUCAUUACACAUUCAAUCUUCGAGACAUCUCAAAUGUCUUUCAGGGUAUCCUUUUAUGCAGCCCUGAUUGCUUGAAAGAAAGCACUGACCUGGCAAUGGUGUGGCUCCAUGAGACCUUCAGAGUGUACUCUGACAGACUGGUAGAUGUGAAGGACCUACAGCUUUUUCAAAAGCUGCAGAUGGAGUCAGUGCAUGAAUGCAUUGAGGGACUAGAGGACGAAAAGGUGAAAAAACAACCCCUCCUCUAUUGUCACUUUGCCCACAUGGGUGAGGAACCCUCCUAUGCCCCUGUAACAGACUGGUCUACUCUCAGCACUGUCCUCACUGAUGCCUUGGAAAGCUACAAUGAGCUCCAUCCAGCCAUGAAUCUAGUACUGUUUGAAGAUGCUAUGCAACAUGUCUGUCGUAUCAAUCGUAUACUGGAAGCUCCAAGGGGUCAUGCCUUACUGGUUGGGGUUGGAGGCAGUGGGAAGCAGAGCCUGACUCGUCUGGCUGCCUUCAUAUCUUCUAUUGAAGUCUUCCAAAUCACUCUCAGUAACGGUUAUGGUGUCCAGGACUUCAAGAUGGAUCUGGCAGGGCUGUUCCUAAAGGCUGGACUAAAGAAUCAGCGUGUGGCUUUGCUUCUGACUGAGGCACAAAUACCUGAUGAGCGCUUUCUGGUUGUUAUUAAUGACUUACUGGCAUCAGGAGAAGUUCCAGAGCUUUUCAGUGAGCAGGAAGUUGAAGGUAUUAUAUCCAGUGUGAGAGCUGAGGUUCGAAGCCUUGGACUGCUAGACAGCAAGGACAACUGCUGGAGAUUUUUUACAGACAGAGUGCGACUGCAGCUCACGGUAGUAUUGUGUUUGUCUCCUGUGGGCAGUACCCUGCGUAUUAGAGCCUGUCAGUUCCCAGCUCUCGUCAACUCCACAACCAUUGACUGGUUUCAUCCUUGGACAACUGAAGCUCUGCAGUUGGUUAGCUACAGGUUCAUCCAAGAGAUCGAAGGCAUUGAGCCUGCCAUCCAGAAAUCCAUCAGUCUUUUCAUGGCCUACGUUCACACCAGUGUCAACCAGGCAAGUGAAAAAUACCAGCGCAAUGAGAAGAGGUACAAUUACACCACCCCCAAGAGCUUUCUCCAGCAAAUCACCCUGUACAGAAACCUUCUGGAGAAGAGCAGCGCUCAGCUUCAGCACAAGAUGAACCGGCUCAAUAACGGCCUUCAGAAACUCCAAACCACUGCCGCUCAGGUUGAAGAUUUAAAAGCCAAAUUGGCAUGGCAAGAAACUGAACUGACCUUUAAGAACCAAAAUAUUGAAGCUCUUAUAAGUAAAAUUGGACUGCAGACUGAGAAGGUUAGCAAUAAGAGAGAAGCUGCAGAUGUGGAAGCUCAAAAGGUUGCUAUCAUGCAGGCAGAAAUUGCUGUUAAACAGAAAGACUGCGAAAAUGACCUAGCCAAGGCAGAACCAUCCCUGGCAGCUGCAGUUGCAGCACUGGACACUCUAAACAAGGUGAAUCUUACUGAGUUGAAAGCCUUUCCAAACCCUCCAGCAGCAGUAACCAAUGUUGCAGCAGCUGUGAUGGUCCUGCUAGCCCCACGAGGUCGUGUACCUAAGGAUCGGAGCUGGAAGACGGCGCGGGCCUUCAUGGGCAAGGUGGAUGAUUUCCUGCAGGCCUUGGUGUCAUAUGACAAAGAGCACAUCCCAGAGUCCUGCUUAACUGUGGUGAAACAACAAUAUCUGAGAAACCCAGAUUUUCACCCUGAUCUAGUUUGGACCAAAUCUACAGCUGCAGCUGGUCUUUGUGCCUGGACUAUUAAUAUUGUCAGAUACUACGAGAUUUAUUGUGAGAUAAUUCCAAAAAGAUGUGCAUUAACACAAGCUAAUGCAGAACUAGAGACAGCAACUGCCAAAAUGUUGGCAGUUCAGAAGAAACUGGCAGAUCUCGAUGCCAGCCUCCAGAGCCUCACUGCUCAGUUUGAAAGGGCUACAGCUGAGAAAAUCAGUUGUCAGGAGGAGGUGACGCGAACCACCCAGACCAUAGAGCUGGCCAACCGACUAGUCAGAGGCCUAAUGUCAGAGAGGGAGCGCUGGUCCCAGGCAAUUGUCCAAUAUGAACAACAACAGAAAACCCUGUGUGGUGAUGUCCUCCUCACUUCAGCUUUUGUCUCUUACAUGGGUUACUUUACCAGCCAGUAUCGUGUGGAGCUAUUUAACAAUGUAUGGAUUCCUUUCCUUCAGUCUCAGAAGGUUUCUGUUCCCCUGACAGACGGCCUGGAUCCAAUCCUCAUGCUUACAGAUGAUGCCACUGUGGCUGCUUGGCAUAACCAGGGCUUGCCAAAUGAUAGGAUGUCUAUUGAAAAUGCUGCCAUCCUGACCACCAGCGAGCGUUGGCCACUCAUCAUUGACCCUCAGCAGCAGGGAAUCAGAUGGAUCAGAAACCAACUUGGGUCAGAUCUAAGGGUGGUGCAGCUGGGACAGAAAAGGUAUCUAGAUGUAAUUGAGCAAGCUCUUGUCUGUGGAGAAACAGUCCUGUUAGAGAAUCUGCCAGAAAAGGUUGACCCAGUCCUGGAGCCUCUAAUAGGCAGAAAAACCAUCAAAAAAGGAAGGUACAUUUUUAUUGGAGGCAAGGAGUGUGAGUACAACAGUAACUUUCAACUCAUUCUUCAUACCAAAUUGGCCAAUCCACAUUUCCCUCCUGAGCUACAGGCCCAGACCACCCUAAUUAACUUCACAGUGACUCCAGUGGGCCUGGAGGAACAACUGCUGGGACAGGUAGUGUCCUACGAAAGACCUAACCUGGAGGCCCUAAAGAUGGAGCUGACUACACAGCAGAACCACUUCAAGAUUGCAUUGAAGAAAUUUGAAGAUGACCUGCUAAGCCGCCUUUCGACAGCCCAUGGUAAUUUUCUGGGUGAUGUUUCUCUGGUGGAGCAACUUGAAAACACCAAAAGCACAGCCGCUCACAUCCAGUGUAAGGUGGUGGAGGCCAGAGAGAAUGAGACAAAGAUCAACGAGGCUCGAGAACUAUACCGCCCAGCAGCUGAGAGAGCAUCGCUCCUCUUCUUUAUCAUCAAUGACCUCAGCAAGAUUAACCCCAUGUACCAGUUUUCACUCAAGACCUUCAACUCUGUGUUUAACAAAGCAAUGGAGUGUGCAGAAUGGGAUGAGGAUGUGAGCACCAGAGUGCACACCCUCACUGAGGCCAUCACCUAUUCUGUAUUCCUGUACACCAGCCAGGGCCUGUUUGAGAGAGACAAGUUAACCUUCUUGUCACACAUUGCCUUCCAGAUUCUGCUCAAGCAGGACCUGAUUGAUGCCCAAGAAUUUAACUUCCUGCUGCACUUCCCAGUGGAAACUAGUAAAGUUAGUGCAACAUCUUUUCUCUCGCCACAUGCCUGGGGAGCUAUUAAGACUAUAUCUACAAUGGAGAACUUCUGUGGACUUGACAAAGACAUGGAGAGCUCACCAAAACGCUGGAGAAAGAUUGUUGAAUCCAGUUGUCCUGAAAAUGAAAGGCUGCCUCAGGAUUGGAAGAAUAAGACUUCCCUUCAGAAGCUCAUUAUUCUGAGAGCGCUUCGUCCUGAUAGGAUAACCUAUGCACUUAAGGCGUUUGUAGAGGAAAGCAUGGGAACGAAAUAUGUGGAAACUGCCCGAUUGGAAUUCGAAAAGUUGUUUGAGGAUAGUAGUCCCUCAACCCCUGUGUUCUUCAUCCUCUCACCUGGAGUGGAUCCACUCAGAGAUGUAGAGAAAUUAGGUUUGAAUCUGGGAUUUUCCAUUGACCAGGGCACUUUACACAAUGUGUCACUGGGACAGGGCCAGGAGGAAGUAGCUGAGAGACUUCUCAGGAAUGCCUCUAAACAGGGACACUGGGUCAUUUUCCAGAAUGUCCACCUCAUUGCUCGCUGGUUGCCCUCUCUGGAGGCUCUUUUAGAGAUGACAGCAGUGCACAGCCAUCCCAGCUACAGAGUUUUCAUCACUGGGGAACCAGCACAGAGUCCUGAGCAGCACAUAAUCCCCAGAGGCAUACUGGAGAGUGCCAUCAAAAUUACAAAUGAGCCCCCCACUGGCAUGAAUGCAAGUUUGCAUGCAGCCCUCAAUAAUUUCAGUCAGGACACCCUUGAAUUGUGUUCCAGAGAGCAAGAGUUCAACAACAUGUUCUUUUCCCUCUGCUUCUUUCAUGCCUGUGUCACAGAGCGGCGCAAAUUUGGUCCACAAGGGUGGAACCACAACUAUCCCUUCAGCACAGGAGACCUCACCAUCUCUGUCAAUGUGUUGUACAACUACCUAGAAGCCAACACUAAAGUGCCAUGGGAAGACUUGUGUUACCUUUUUGGAGAGAUCAUGUAUGGGGGGCACAUUACUGAUGACUGGGAUAGAAGGCUGUGCAAGACCCAUCUACAAGAAUUCAUGAAUCCGAAAUUGUUUGAAGGGGACCUCUUUUUGUGCCCGGGUUUCUUGGCUCCACCAUAUCUGGACUACAUUGGUUACCACAGUUACAUUGAUGAACAUCUCCCUACUGAGAACCCAACUUUGUACGGUCUUCAUCCAAACGCUGAGCUUGAGUGCCUUACUGUCACCUCAGACAACCUUUUCAAAUCUCUGCAAGAUCUGCAGCCACAGGACUCUUUAAGAGAAGACGGGGCAGCUCAGAGCACAGAGGAGAAGGUUAUGUCUAUAAUUGAAGAUAUUCUUGAAAAGCUUCCUGAGGAAUAUAACGUGGCAGAGAUGAUGACAAAGACAACGGACCGAAGCCCCUACACUGUAGUGUGCUUUCAAGAGUGUGAGCGUAUGAAUCUUCUGCUAGGAGAAAUUAGGAAGUCCCUCAGUGAGCUGGAUCUUGGCUUAAAGGGAGAACGCACCAUUUCCUCUAGUAUGGAGACUCUGCAGUCUGCACUAUUCAGUGAUUUUGUCCCAGAUUCCUGGGCCAGACUGGCAUAUCCCUCCACUAAAACACUGACACAAUGGUUGGGUGAUCUAAUAAGUAGAUGUCACGAGCUGGACAGUUGGACUCAAGAUUUUGUUCUACCCGCAGUUGUUUGGUUCUCAGGACUCUUCAACCCACAGUCUUUCCUUACUGCCGUGCUGCAAAGCAUCGCUCGCAAGAAUCAGUGGCCCCUGGACAACAUGAUUCUGACUGUGGACGUAACAAAAAAGAUGAAAGAUGACUUUGGACAUCCUCCAAGAGAGGGGGCCUACAUCCAUGGGCUCUUCAUGGAAGGAGCACGGUGGGACUCUCAGUCUGGCGUCAUCUCUGAGGCGGUCUUAAGAGAUCUGACCUCAGCCAUGCCGGUGAUGUAUGUUAGAGCUGUACCUACAGAGGAGCAGGAGCUCAAGAACACUUAUGAGUGCCCAGUGUAUCACACUAAACAGCGUGGGCCCACAUAUGUGUGGGCCUUCCACCUAAAGACCAAACAGCCCCCAGCCAAGUGGGUUGUAGCUGGAGUUGCACUGCUGUUGUCUGUGUGAUGUACUGAAGUUGCAGUAAGGCAUUUUUUUUUCAUUUAUACCCACAGUGCUUAGCAAAUAGUGUCUGACACUUGUAUGUUUUAAACAGUAUUUAUCAUGUAUUGCUAACAAUUUACAACUGAAGUCUUUUGUCUUGGUUAUAUUUUUUAUAAUUACUAGCAGCCAAAAGCAAUACAGUUUUCAUCAUAUACUUUUCUUUAUUUUUUAACACUGGAAAUACAUCAUAGAAAUAGACUUUAGUUCCAAAACUAUAGGAAGUAUGAAAGUAGAGAUACUUAUCUGCCAAUGUUAAACCUGUGGUGUCUGUGUCUGACACUGUUACACGUCUCCCUUGAGCAUAUCCAUGAUUUGUUGGGAGCUUAUGUCUCCAUUUUAGACCAUGUAAUUCUGGAUAGGGAACAUAUUUUAUUGAAAGGUCAAGAUUAAAAAAGCUCUCUGACUGCCCUCUGCUAACUGAAUGAUACACAAUGCUGUCUGGAGGGUUCCCGAACCAAAUUCCCAGGAGAUGAU